AUGAUUGUGAAACGAUACGAGAACACGCUUGGAAACUCUGCGGUUUUCAGCUCAUCUUCCUUGUACCUGAAGUGCAUCAAACAUCUUGGCAAGAAGCACCCGUACAUUACGCAGACUUGGGAAGUGUUUGCAGCUCAGAACCAAAUUCUGGUUGUCCAAGAGUUUGCCAACCGCAACGAUGUGUCGUCCUUUCUCAAGCUGAAGGGCAAACAGAAUGAGCAGCGUGUCUGCGAGUGGGCUCACCAGCUGUACAAAGCACUCGACUACCUGGGCGACAUGGCCAUUUGCCACCGCGCCAUCAAGCCGAAGAACAUUCUGCUCAACCACAAGGAGCUGAGCGUCCGCCUGACUGGCUUCAAGAAUGCCGUCGUGUACUGGAACGUGGCCAAGGAAGACAUAUCGAACCUUCCCUGUCUGCCAGUGAGCUCCAAGAAUCGCAGCAACGAACCAGACUUUCAGGCGCCGGAGGUCUUUGGCAAUGACGAGAGAGAGGAGUUUGACCCAAUCAAGGCUGAUCUCUUUUCGUACGGAGCAGUGAUCUUCUCCAUGAUCACCAUUUUCGAUUAUCCGUACAACUGGAAGGUGGACAACAUGAAGGUUGAGGAUGAGAUUCGUAACAGCGUCCAGAAGUUGGACAUUUCCGAAGAAGGCAAGUCCUUUCUCAACUCCCUUCUCACCACCAACGCCAUCGUUCGCCUGACUUUUGAUAAGAUCAACAGCAAUCCUUGGUUUGCUCUGCUCAAGCACGAUAAUGUGGUCAGCAGCCUGCAAAAGUUGGCUUGA